AAAUGAGUAAUCCUUUUGAAUAUAAUGGAGGAGCAAUGAUAGGAAUGAAAGGAAACGGAUGUGUAGCAAUAUCAUGUGAUCGCCGUUUGGGCGCAUAAUUUUAAACUGUUGCUUGUAAUUUCUAAAAAGUAUUUAAAAUAUAAGAUAAUAUACUUUUGGGAUUAACUGGACUUGCUACAGACGUUUAAACAUUGUAAAUUAAAAAAAAUAUAUAAAUAUUAAAUUAAUUUUUAAAAAGCCAUCGCUAAAUGGAGUUUAAAGUAAAUUUAUACAGAUUAAGAGAAAAUAGAGAUAUGAAAGUUGAAACUUUUAUUAAUUUAAUUUCCGCUGCAUUAUAUGAAAAAAGAUGGGGUCCAUAUUUUGUUUAACCUAUUGUUAUAGGUUUAGAAGAUGGAAAAACCCCAAUGGUAGCUAGUUAUGAUUCUAUUGGUUGCACUAGUACAAAUGAAAAUUUUUAAGUUGGAGGAACUGCAGGAGAUGGUUUGAUUGGUUCAUGUGAAUCUAUGUGGAGAGACGAUCUUACCCCUGAAUAACUUGAAGAUGUAGUUGCUUAAGCUUUAUUAGCCGGAGCUGAUAGGGAUAUUCUAUCAGGUUGGGGUGGUAUUGUAUAUGUUAUUACUAAAGAUAAAAUUACUGUAAAAGUAUUAAAGUCAAAAUAAUCAUGAAGAAGCUUUUUUUUAUUUUU